GUGUUACGUCAGCGGCGUCGUUUCACUUUACGGUAAGGCGGCAUGUGGAGGUCAGAUGCGCAAUCGCUCGGUCAGAGACUGAAAACUGUCUAAUUAUCAAACAUCAACAGUUGACAACUCAGCGCAGUGACAUCUGUGUAGGAUUGUCAACAGACAGUAUACAGCACAACACUGUCGAUAAAGCAGAUCGUUUGGGGUCGUUAACGUCCAUCAUUUUGACGCGGGUCUGAAAAGAAGAAGUCUGUCAAUCAAGACGGUUUUGUGUAUUAUCUCUGAAGACAUGGAUACUAACACACCAGCAUCAGGAGGAUUUAAAGGGGGACUCGGGAGCCUUUUUGGUGGAGGAACUCCUGAGUAUUCAAAUACUGAUCUGGCAGGAGUCCCGUUGACUGGUAUGAGUCCUCUCUCACCCUACCUCAAUGUUGACCCUCGUUACCUUGUGCAGGACACAGAUGAGUUUAUCUUGCCAACCGGGGCAAAUAAAACCCGUGGUCGGUUUGAGCUGGCCUUCUUCACCAUCGGGGGAUGCUGUAUAACAGGCACUGCUUUUGGGACACUUAAUGGUCUCCGAAUGGGCCUGACAGAAACUAGAGGCAUGCCGUGGUCAAAACCCAGAAACGUACAAAUUUUGAACAUGGUCACAAGACAUGGCGCAUCAUGGGCGAACACACUAGGAUCUGUGGCUCUUUUGUAUAGUGUGUUUGGUGUGGCCAUUGAGAAGGCCAGGGGCGCAGAGGAUGAUCUCAACACAAUAGCAGCUGGAACGUUAACAGGGAUGCUUUUUAAAUCCACAGCUGGACUCAAAGGAGCUGCCAGAGGAGGUGUCAUUGGUUUAGCCAUGUCAGGGCUGUAUGCUCUUUACAACAACUGGGAUCACCUGAAGGGGAGAUCACCUUCACAUUACUGAGGAUGACUGAGAGCUCAAACCAUGGACUUCUUUUGACUCGGAGACAAUUUUUUUUUAUAACCCCCUUUUGGAAUUGCAUCCAUUUCUUCUUUUUGAAACCCAUGGACCAUCACACAUGUACAGACUUCUUCAGAGUUUAAUUAAAUGAAAUAUUUAAAUGGAAGAGGCAGACUGCCUCCAGGUGUGUUCACUGGUAACUUCAUUCAUGUAGAUGUCUUUGUUUGUGUAAGUUACAGGAACUCCGUAUCCUUUAAUUAUGAGGUUUCAUCUGUUCUCGUUGUGGAUUGAUGCAUUUUGUCAGUGCUGACAAACCAAACCAUCAAACUCUCUAAAACCAUCAAUAAUAAAAUACACGUUUUCACAG